UCGCUGUCCACUAGCGGCACUAAGUCUCAACCAGUGUUGCACACUCUUCGGCUCACUUUGCAAUUUCUCUUCUCGAGCGCAAACCCUCUUCCAGAUGAACAUCUCUCACCUCCAUGAUGUCUCUUUUCAGCCAUCCGAAGUCAGUUGUAAUAUGAUCCCAAACAGUGAGCUUGCAGCCUUGCUGAAGUUGGUGAUACCCAACAGCGAAGAGGUGUUGCCUCCGAUUGAGAUACCCUUGCUCAACAAUAGUUGCAACCCCAUCGAAUAUCCAUCAUCCGGCGUCAUGCCCCAGUCAUCAGCUCUUUUGCUUCCCUUAUUCGAACCCACCGAAUCCAAGUGUUGUACCAAUUCACCAUCGCCGAAUGAACUCGUCAUCGCGCACAACCUGCAAGUAUCAGCUCCCGAUUUGGAGUCAAAAUCAAGCCAGAUCGAACCGCUACCCUUCAUGCCUCAGAACCAUUCUGGAGAACCAGUGAUCCCGCUUGAGCUUCUUGUGGGCGUGUGCGUGCUUCCACUGUCGGGCGAGAAUAAGAAGCGAUUCAAGAAGUGUGAAGUUGCAGGAUGCAACACGAAGAAGCAGAGCAACGGAAGGUGCAUUCGACACGGAGGCGGUAGACGCUGCUUGGUUGAGGGCUGCACUCGUGGAGCGCAGACAAUGGGUCGGUGCAAACGCCACGGCGGAGGUGCACGCUGCACGUUUCAGGGCUGCGCUUCCAGUAGCCAAGGUGGAGGCUUGUGUCGUGUACAUGGUGGUGGCAAGCUGUGCACGGCCCCUGGCUGCAAGAAAGGCGCCCAGCGUCAAGGAAAAUGUGCCACGCAUGCCUCGCGGAAGUGUAAAGUGCUCGAGUGCUCCAGCAUCGCCCGUUGUAAAGGCGUUUGCAGACGUCACAAGCACCAGGCAGAAGCUGCUGAGCACCACGACAUGGCAACGGAGCGAGCCAACCAACUCGACGUUGUUGUGUAGCUACUCCAGCGACACUCUCGUACAUAUAGUAGACAUCCCUGCACUAGCAAUAGCAUUGAAACAAUAGCGUUAAUUCAUUCAUAUUCUGGAAAAUACAUCGUCAUAUUUGCC